UUAGACAAUUUUUAAAAAUAUCAAAAUGGAUCUAGAAUUAGACUCAACUUGCGGAAUUUGCACUUAUAGUUAUGAUGAAGACGAACUUGUAACUCUUUCCUGCCAGCAUUUAUCAUGCGUUGAAUGCAUGACUGAAGUGGCUGAGGAAAUGUUACAUAGUUUAGACUCAUCCGGUGUAAAAUGUCCUGCGAAUUCUGCUUGCACAGCAUUUAUUGGCUACGAAGAAUUUCAAGACUUUUUGCCACCACGUCUGUACAGAAAAAUUUUAAACAAGGUUAAUAACGAUGUGCCGGAACCGAUUGUAAAAACUGCUAACAAUGCAAAUGAAGAGGAAGUUGAGAAAAACGAAUGGAGCUGUCCGAAAUGCAACAGUUUUGCACUGAUUGCUCCUGACUCGUGUAUUGGAAAUUGUCAAUCAUGCGACUAUAUGUUCUGUUCUGGAUGUCGCCUCGACUAUCACGGGGAAAACUGUGGUAAUGAAGGUGCGACCGGGUUUGACGACCAGCAAUCUGACGAUGCUUUUCUAGCUAUUGCUCUUCAAGAUAGUUUGAAUUUGGGAACUUUCAACUGUCCUGAGCCGGAACCAGAACCAGAACCGGAAGCGGAACCUGUCAUACCUAAAAUUUCUUGCUGCAUUUGCCUAAACGAUGUUGAAGUCGAUGAAGUGACGGAUUAUGGUUGCUCACACCUUAAUUCAUGUCGAUCUUGUACAAAAGAUUAUUUUGAGGCGAUGAUUAGAAGCGGAGAUAUUCAAAAAUUGGUAUGCCCAGAGGACAAGUGUGGGGUUCAAGCUAGUCAGAAUUUAAUUCAGGAGUUGGUCGAUCCCGAUGUAUUCUUAAUGUUGGAAAGCUUGCAGUUGGACACCGUGUUAAAGGAUGACCCAGAAAUUGUGAAAUGUCCUAAAGCAGAUUGUCAGCGGAGGAUCACUGCCGAUCCAGAAUAUGGAUAUUGUGACCGCUGUGACUACCGCUUUUGCACUGGAUGCAACCAAGACUUUCACGGGGCUGCGCCCUGCGGAAUGAGUGAGGACGAACUUCGCGACUUCAUGACGCGCUAUGCCGCCGCGGAAACGGAGGAAGAGCGCAUGCGGCUAGAAAACGAGGCGAAAGGGAGAAGAAAAAUGGAGAAUGACGAAAGUGAACGUAUCAUUAAAGAAAUGUUCAAGAAAUGCCCGCAGUGCAGUACAGACAUCGAUAAAAUAAUGGGAUGUAAUAAAAUGCAAUGCACCAAAUGUCAAACAUUCUUUUGCUGGCUUUGUGGAAUCAGAAUUACGACGAGGGAUCCCUACGCACAUUUCCAAAAUUCAAAUUGUGGGCUUUUCGAGGUUCCACCGGAGUAAAUGGUUAAAUUUUAUCAAGAUUAUUUGAAUACGAUUGUCGCAUAAUAGUGUGUAGGUAUUUUUAUUCAAGUAUUUAUAAGCAUGUUUGUUUAAUAAAUGUAAUAACUGUGCUGUGA